CAUCGGCUGUCCCAAGCAGCAUCGCCGCUGGCCAGCGGCAUCAUGGGCUUCGGUAGCAGUGCAUGGAAAUGGGCGCUGUCUCUUCCUGGUGCUGGUGAGCGUGCUGUGCCGAUGCCGCCGGCGAUUGACGUGGUGGUUGUCGACAUGGGCAUGGUGAUGGUGCAGGCAACCAUCCGGGCCGUGCACGUCCUCUGUUGCGACUGGGCGGGCACCGCUGCGCAGCUAGCGGCGGGAGUCCCGCUGGUUGAGCUCGCACGGCAAGCCGGCGUGCAACAUGCGGUCCAGCAGCAGCUUGCGGGACUGCUGCAGCCCGGUGCUGCCGCUCCGCCCGCGCCCGGUGCAGCUCCUCCGCCCGCAGCCGGUGCUGCUCUGCAGCCCGCGGCCGGUGCGCCCCAAGCCAUUCUUGUCUUUGACGGCGUGCGACCAGCGGCAAAGGCAAAGCGUGCUGGACGUCACGAACCUGCGGCAGCCGAAAUGCUGCAGGAGCUUGCACGCUGGGAGGGCCUGCCGGAAGCCGACGGCUGGCUGCCGGAGCGCUGGCUCAGCCUGACAGCUGCCGAGCGUGACGCACACGCCAACGCCGGCGGUACAAAACGCAGGCUCACCACAGAGCAGCGCCGCCUCUUCCUGCGCAAGCACGUCCAGAAGCUCGCCGUCUCGGUCCUCGCGCCUCUCCUCGUGCGCGAUCUUACUCUCAUCCCGGCCGCCAACAAGGUGCUGCAGCAGCGCGGCGCCACUCUUGAGCAGCUGGGCGAGCAGCUGAGCACUGCCCUUGCUGCUCGCUCAGGUGUGCUCGCUGUCGCUGCCGCCAUGGAAGCCGACUCGUGUGUCAACGUCACGGUGGCAGUGCUCUCCGGCGACAGCGAUCAUCUGGCGCUAGGCGACCCGGCGCUGGCAAACGACAUCGUCAUGCGUCGCAGCCAAGCACCCGAGGCUGCCGCUGCAGCCGAACCGCUCUUUGAUGUCGUGCGCAAGACACAGCUCUGCGCAGCUCUCGGCAACAUGUCGUUCUCUGGCCUUGUCGUGCUGUCGCUAUGCUGGGGCACAGACGACACAGCGGGUGGCCUGAAGAACGUCGGCGCAGUCCGUGCUGAGGGCCUCGUGCACGCAGCAGAGGCACAGCUGGCCGAUGCCGACGCCGAUGCAGCGGCACCAAGCAGUGCUCUACCAUCUGGCCUUCAUGGCAGCUUCCGCGCCAUCCUCGACCACGUGCUCGACAAGAGUCCGACGCCUGCACCAGCCGAUCUCGGCCCAGCCGCACAGUGGCGCCUUGAUGGCGUGCAGCCCGAGGAGAACCAUGCAGCGGCGCCGGUGGUGGGCCUGGCAGAGGGCCGCCUGCUGCCAGCGCCUGUCAACCUCGGCGUCAACAUUGACGCACCAUGGGCCUCACACAGCGCGCAGAUGGCAUCACGCGCAGCAAGCGCCAUCAGCAGCAAGCGCGCUGCCGUCGGCAACACGGCGGCUUUCCAGCCCGAGCUCUUCUUUGCGCGCAUCACCGUCCUGCGCCCAACUGCCAGCCUCGAGCGCAGCCGGCAGCACAGCGUCGCACGCUUCUCCAAGCCGAUCCUGCUGCCUGCGCUGCCAAUGGUGCAGGAGGGCCCGCAGCAAGGACAGGGCAUGGGCAAGGCGCCCAAGCCCGUCUUCCCGCUGCCGCAGGGCGGCCGCACAGGCAAGCAGGCCAAGGGCAGCGCGGCCAAGCAGGCUAAGAGCAAGGCCAGCAGCUCGCUGCCGCGCGCCGACAACACAAGCAGCUCACGCAAGCGUGCUGCCGCCGACACGGUGCGCCUCGACAAGGGCAAGCGCUCGAGCUCUCAACGCUGA